CCAAUUGAAGCAGUGCACGUAUUUCACUGAUUAGAGGUAGCAGCAGCAGUUACACUUCACCAACCUUCUCUCUCUCUCUCUCUCUCUCUCUUCAUUUUAUAGAAUCAUGUCAAUGUCAAACACUAGAGGUUUCAUUGCAUAUCUUGUCUCUGCUUCCUCUGUUGCUGUUUUGUCUGCUGUGUUACUCAUAAACCAUGCUCGUCAUCAUAAUCAUGAAAGCAAACCAUACCUUACUACCAAUACCCUUUAUGAAUCUGGAGUUCAGAAAGUUUGGCCUGAAUUGGAGCUGAAUUGGAGGGUUGUGUUGGCCACAGUGAUUGGUUUUCUUGGGUCUGCUUUUGGAACUGUUGGUGGGGUUGGUGGUGGUGGCAUUUUUGUUCCCAUGCUUACUCUCCUUGUUGGCUUUGAUACAAAAUCUGCUGCUGCUCUAUCUAAAUGUAUGAUAAUGGGGGCAUCAGCAUCAUCUGUAUGGUACAAUCUGAGAGUGCCACAUCCAACAAAGGAGGUUCCAAUAUUAGACUAUGAUCUUGCACUUCUGUUCCAACCUAUGCUCUUGCUUGGAAUCACUAUUGGUGUUUCUCUCAGUGUUGUCUUCCCCUAUUGGCUCAUCACUGUCCUCAUCAUCAUUCUCUUCAUUGGCACAUCUUCAAGGUCCUUCUUCAAAGGAAUUGAGAUGUGGAAGGAAGAGACUCUUCUCAAGGAAAAGGCCAAGCAAGAAGAAACUAUAGUUAAUUCACGUGGAGAACUUUUAAUUGAUACAAAAUAUGAACCAUUGAUCCCCAAAGAAGAGAAGUCAGCUCUAGAAAUAAUGUGUCUCAACCUUAGAUGGAAAAGGAUGCUGGUGUUGAUGGUAGUGUGGCUUGGUUUCUUGCUGAUUCAAAUCAUCAAAAAUAAUACAAAGGCUUGCAGUGUUUUGUACUGGGUGCUUUUUGGAUUACAGUUUCCAAUUGCAUUUGUGGUGUUUGGGUAUGAAACAGUGAAGUUGUACAAGGAUCACAAGAAAAGAAUCACAACAGGGUGCUUAGAUUACAUAUGUGAGGCCUCAAUAGCAUGGACACCUAUGAACCUUGCAUUUUGUGCAUUGUGUGGAAUCAUUGGUGGAACUGUUGGAGGGUUACUUGGUUCUGGUGGUGGAUUUGUUUUAGGCCCUCUUCUCUUGGAGAUUGGUGUUAUCCCUCAGGUUGCUAGUGCGACAGCAACAUUUGUGAUGAUGUUUUCAUCAUCUUUGUCUGUGGUUGAAUUCUACCUUCUCAAGAGAUUCCCUAUUCCUUUUGCCUUAUACCUCACUACAGUGUCAGUUUUGGCUGGAUUCUGGGGACAAUUCUUUGUAAGAAGAUUGGUUAAAUGUCUUGGAAGGGCUUCACUCAUUGUAUUCAUCCUCUCUGGUGUUAUUUUUGCAAGUGCUGUCACCAUGGGUGUUGUUGGCACUGAACAGAGCAUUAAAAUGAUAAACAACCAUGAGUUUAUGGGAUUCUUAGGAUUUUGUACAAGUCAGUGAUUAAGAUUUUAAGUGUGUGAAAUUAGUAGCACCAAACAAUUUGGAAAAAUUAUUGAGAGUCAAUUAGUGUGUGUGAAAAGAUAGGUUUUGCAUUAAGAGCACAAAAACAUUAUUUCCAAAUGUUGGUCAAUGCCUAGUUGACCAACAGGAAUGAAUGAAAAUCUGUGUCUCCCUUAAAUAACAAAGGCUAUUUUUGCCUUGGUCUCUUGUGUGAAAAAAAAGAGUCUCUAUGGUUUGUGUUAGUUCCUGGCUAACACAUACAUAUCUUAUUUUGUACUUUGUCAUUUAAUUAAUUUGUAUUAUUCUGUUGGGGGAAUCAUUCAAUUCCUUCCCAAUAUUAUAUUUA